AAUUUUCUUUUAUUAUUAGGUUAUUCCGUUCGUCUGCCGCAGGAAUCUGUUUUUCGUCCAUCAAUCCGCUUAACAAAUGCUGUUGAUUCGGUCAAGCACAUUGGCGAUCCUGCAUACAAAAUACGUUACCAUGUAUACGACGGGAGAAUGAUGUGGCAGCCGAAAGUGAUCAUGAAAGCAGCAUGCAAACCGGAUGUUGAAUAUUAUCCAUUUGACCGCCAAAAAUGCAGCUUUGUAUAUACUGCAUGGGGCUAUACAACAUCAGAAAUCAUUCUCGACAGUGCACAGUCUGAAUGGUACCUUUGCGAUUACAAACCCAAUGCUGUGUGGGGUCUUAUUGAAACAACGGUUGAAAGCUACGAAGUCGACGAUCAAUCCUACAUGAGAUUCCUUUUCACAAUCGAACGCCAACCGUUAUACUUUGUGAUGAAUGUUAUAUUUCCCAUACUGCUUCUGUCCGUUUUGACUGGUUUCGUUUUUCUACUUCCGGCGGAAAGUGGAGAGCGCAUUGGCUAUUCGCUGACAUGUUUUCUCUCUUUCGUAUUCAUGCUACAGACUGUGAUGGGGUUUUUACCUCAUACCGCAGAUCCGAUGUCGCUUUUUUGUUUCUAUGUUAUCAUAAUGAUGGUUGUAAGCAUUGUUGCAUGCAUACUAACAGUUUUAAUGUUGAGAUUACAUCUUAAACCGGAAACAGAUAAAGUACCAAAAUGGCUCCAGAAAUUUGUGCGUUUCAUUCGCUGUGGACUAUGUAAAGCAGCAUGGCGGAAGUGUCGGAAAAAAUGCAAAAGAUCAGUCGACAACUUACCUGUUGAAGAGAAUGCAAAUGCACAAGUACAGAUUCGGAGAUCUUCAGUUUCAGUUCAAAUGGUAGCAUUGUCAACCUUCCGUCGGAUUGAAUCAGCCGGUGCCAAUUUAGAUACCUUGUUCGAAAAUGCUGUUACAGAGGCGGAUGACGGUGUAAGCGUAAUCGAUGACGAUGAGCAGGAGGAAGAAAUGUCGUGGACAAAUGUCGCCGACGUCCUUGAUACAUUUUUCUUUCUUGUGUUUCUAGGGGGACAAGCUACUCUGUCUGUCUUUUUCCUAGUGCCCUUGGUGACAGGGCCAUCUUAGAGUAAAAUAUCAGCCAUCAGCUCGUUUAUAUUUAUCUGGAAAGCAUCUAGUUAACAAGACAUUUUUCAUGAUCUUAGCGGCGUUUGUUUGCUUUUUAAUAAAUACGGAAAGUUAAUAAAAACCGCGAAACAAUUCA